UUUUCUUCCGAGAGAUGCUACUUUCCCUAGCAAGCAGGUCCUCACGGAAAGUUUCCAGUCCGGGGGCUCAGAGUUCUGCAUGCCUGGCGUGUGCAGUCUGGCUCUGGAUAAAGCUAUUUUUCUUUCGUUUUAAGAAUCAUGUCUUAUUCCUGAUCUAAAAAGAGGUAGGCGUGUGCAGAUUGCAGACAGUGCCCGCUCCGGUCCUUGCACCGUGGAGUCGCCCUGGGAGCGUGGGUCUAUAAGACCUCCGUGCAAGCUGUGCGUCCUGAGCCAGGCUCUCUUCCUCAGGGCGUCGGAUUUGGAAACUUGUGAGGACAGGCGUUUUGAGGGCCUUCGCUGAAACACCUUGUGGUGACCUUGCAGCGGGGGUGGGCGUGUUAGAGUGGCUCCCCCUCUUGGGGCUGGGUGGCAGUUCCUCUUGGGUUGGGGGAAAUUUUAGCCGCGGGGGUGGAGGAGGGGGAAGUGUGCUCGUGCCUUGCAUGACACGUCCCCUUCGGAGGCGCCCGCGCCCCCUGCCUGCCUGAGCUUCUGCGGAUUGUACACGGGAGGGGCCGGGCUGGCCCCUGGACAGCGUCAGUCGGCUUGGAGAAAAGUCCCCCGGGGUUCUGGCUGAGUCCCACCUGCUGGGGACUGUGUGGGGGCGCAGAUAGAGCCGAUAAACGGGUUGGGUUGAAAGCGAAGAGAACAGCCUUGUGUACCUUGCUGUUGGAGGAGUUCAGAUGUGUUCUAAGCCUGCUGGAGUGAACUCACCGCCAAGAUCUGAUGGAGGCCAGAGCUCAGAGCGGCAGCGGGUCGCAGCCUUUGCUGCAGUCACCCCAUGACAGUGGCAGGCAGCGUGGGGAGCCGGACCCCAGAGAUGCCCUUACCCAGCAGGUACAUGUCUUGUCUCUGGAUCAGAUCAGAGCCAUCCGAAACACCAAUGAGUACACAGAGGGGCCUACUGUGGUCCCAAGACCUGGGCUCAAGCCUGCUCCUCGCCCCUCUACCCAGCACAAACAUGAAAGACUCCACGGUCUGCCCGAGCACCGCCAGCCUCCCAGGCUCCAGCCCACGCAGAUCCAUUCUUCCCGGGCCGCUCUGUCCAGGUCCGUCAGCACGGUCAGCUCAGGGUCUCGGAGCAGUACAAGGACAAGUACCAGCAGCAGCUCUUCGGAACAGAGACUGUUAGGAUCAUCCUUCUCCCCCGGGCCUGCUGUUGAUGGGAUAAUCCGAGUGCAGCCUAAAUCUGAGCUCAAAUCCGGUGAGCUUAAGCCACUGAGCAGAGACGAUUUGGGUCUGCAUGCGUACAGGUGUGAGGACUGUGGCAAGUGCAAGUGUAAGGAGUGCACCUACCCGAGGCCCCUGCCAUCGGACUGGAUCUGUGACAAGCAGUGCCUUUGCUCAGCCCAGAACGUCAUUGACUAUGGGACUUGUGUGUGCUGUGUGAAAGGUCUCUUCUAUCACUGCUCCAAUGACGACGAGGACAAUUGUGCUGACAACCCAUGUUCUUGCAGCCAGUCUCACUGUUGUACACGAUGGUCAGCGAUGGGUGUCAUGUCCCUCUUUCUGCCUUGUUUAUGGUGUUACCUUCCAGCCAAGGGUUGCCUUAAAUUGUGCCAGGGGUGUUAUGACCGAGUGAACAGGCCUGGAUGUCGUUGUAAAAACUCAAAUACAGUUUGCUGCAAAGUUCCCACUGUCCCCCCCAGGAACUUUGAAAAGCCGACAUAGCGUUAUUAAUCAGGAAUACUGCAGUAAUGAGGAUUGUUGCCCCACCCCCACCCCCCUCUUUUUAACACACAUACACAACCUACUAAACAGUUGUAAUCGUGGCACUGUUCAUAGAGGGUUAGGGAAUUUGUGGUUUGCAGUGAGAUGCUUUUCUUUCUUUUUUUUCCUUUUUUUUUUCCCUGUCCAUGUGCCAUUUUUUAACUGAUACGCUUGCUAGAGUUCAGCUAGCCGGAAUGCCAGGGAAAGGCGACAGAAGUUGGUUGGUGGCCCCCACGUUUUUGCAUAAGCUAAAGCAGCAAACACCCCCAGGCGAAGUUUUCUCUUGUUUGUGAAUAGCCCUUGCAGAGUUUGUAAAUCAGCAGAUGGCUCCCCGACCCCUCCUUGUUUUCUCCAGAGAUAAUGUGCUAUAUUUUUGUAUAUACGAUAAUAUUUGCAACUGUGAAAAAAAAAAAACCAAGUUGUGCUAUAUUCCCGUGGCACAGUCACAAAAUAUUAUACUAAUAUGCUGUACAUUCGGAAGAAUGUGACGAUCGGUAUGUUUUAGAUUGUAUUUUGCCUUACAGGAAGCCUUUAUUGUAAGACGCUGACUUCCCUUUGGACUUGAUGUAUAUUGUACAGUUACAGUAAAAUUCAACCUUUAUUUUCUAAUUUUUUCAACAUAUUGUUUAGUGUAAAGAAUAUUUAUUUGAAGUUUUAUUAUUUUAUAAAAAAAAAGAAUAUUUAUUUUAAGAGGCAUCAUAAAUUUUGCCCCUUUUAUGAGGAUGUGAGGGUUGCUGCAAAGGAGAGGUUACAGAUGAUAUGUUCAAUAUAAAAUAGAAAAUAUAUUAACGUUUGAAAUUAAA